AUGUCGUACAACAACGUCCAGGCGAGAUUGUCAGUUUUCUCAACUGCAUCACAGUCCUCGCUUGAUUACAUCCCAUCUGUCGGCACUCCGCCUCCUUCUGGUGGACGACAAUCUAUUACGCCGAUACCUAAGGCCAGCGGAUCGAAGAACAUCUACGACCGGCCACUCAACAAAACGCGCAAUGCUGAAGUCUCGAUGGCAGCGUACACGUUUCUGUUUUCAGAAGUGAUACAGUAUACGCAGAAACGCGUACAUGGGAUUGGGGACUUAGAGAAAAGGCUGGGUCUGUUUGGGUACCGGAUAGGGACGAGAGCGCUUGAACUGAUGGUAUGGCGGUCUGAGGGUGGCUCGAAGAAUCCAAAACGAGAAACUCGACUCCUUCCGGUUUUAUAUGUCGUGCAUACCCAACUGUGGAAAGCAAUCUUCGGCAAGACGGCGGAUGCGAUUGAAAAGAGCGUAGAGAAUGAUGAUGAGUAUAUGAUCAUCGACAACGACCCUCCAAUAACACGGUACAUUUCUAUUCCGAAGGAGAUGAGCCAACUGAGUUGUUCUGCUCUCACGGCGGGUAUUGUGGAGGCACUCCUGGACGGACUGGGCUUCCCCGCUCGGGUGACGGCGCAUUCCGUUCCGAAGGAGGGAUUUCCAUUUCGCACAACGAUCCUCAUCAAGCUUGACCGGUCUGCGAUGGAACGUGAAGAGGCGUUGAAGUGAAUCCAAUAGCUCCUUUUCUUUUCUUUUCUUUUCAACUCUACCUACCAUUUCUUCUGUAAUUUUCUAUUAUGGUCUUGUUACUGUAAGAAUGCA